AUCCCGACGUGCCCUGACACACCUCCCCACAAAACCUUGAGAAAACUGCGACUUUUUGACACACCACACACGCCAAAGAGCCUUCUAUCCCGUGUGAGGGCUUCCAGCGGGAAGGGUUCGCUCUUGAAGACUGGCGAACCUGGGGCGAUUCUGUCCAAGUCUCACACAGACAGCGACAGUGGCAGGAGACGUCACGCGCCUCUGGUCAACUUCAACCCCUUCACCCCCGACUCCCUGCUCAUCCAGUCGGCCACGCAGCAAAGGAACAACAGGAAGAGGCCACACUGCAUCGCCUCGAGCGGUGAAGACAUGGAGGCAAGUGACGUCGAGGAUGAAAAGGAAAUCUUGCCACCGUCCAAGAGGGUCACCAUGAUGCAGAGCAACAUGAUGUCGCGCUACGCCUCUGAGUUCCUGGAGCUUGAGAGGAUUGGCUGCGGCCAAUUUGGCGCCGUGUACAAAUGCGUGAAGCGAUUGGACGGCUGUCUCUACGCCAUCAAGCGCUCCAAGAAGCCCUUGGCUGGAUCAGUGGACGAGCAAAACGCUUUGCGCGAGGUGUACGCUCACGCUGUGCUCGGCCAGCACCGGCACGUGGUGCGCUACUACUCUGCGUGGGCGGAAGAAGGCCACAUGCUGAUCCAGAACGAGUACUGCAACGGCGGAACACUCUCGGACGUGAUGGCCGACAAUGCCCAGCGCCACGCCCGCCUGUCAGAGCUGGAGCUCAAGGACCUGCUCCUCCAGGUGGCCCGCGGACUCAAGUACAUCCACUCCAUGUCGCUGGUGCAUAUGGACAUCAAGCCCAGUAACAUCUUCAUAUCCCGCAAGUCUGUCGGCAGCUGUGACGAGGGCGAUGACGAGGAUGGCCUCAAUACUAAUGUGGUCUACAAAAUAGGUGAUCUUGGUCAUGUGACGCAGGCCAGCAAUCAUCAAGUGGAGGAAGGUGACAGCAGAUAUUUGGCCAAUGAAGUUCUUCAGGAGGACUGCAGCAACCUGGCCAAGGCCGACAUCUUCGCCCUGGCCCUGACGGUGGUCAGCGCGGCGGGGGCCGAGCCUCUGCCCAGGAACGGCGACGCUUGGCACGAGAUCCGACGGGGGAAACUGCCCGCUGUCCCCCAAGUGCUCUCGCCGGAGUUUCUCAGCCUCCUCACGCUGAUGAUCGACCCCGACCCCACCUGCCGCCCCUCCGCCACGGAUCUCAUCCGCCACCCGGUGUUGCUGACGGCCACAAAGAGUAGCGCCGACCAGCUGAGAGUGGAGAACAACGCCCUGAAGUGCAAGAAUGCCCUGUUGGAAAGGGAGCUGCAGAAGGCUCAGCUGGCCAGAGGCUCCGCAGGGCAGAAGGGAAACAGCAGUAGCACCUCCAGGCUCAUCGGGAAGAUGAUGAGCCGAUCCGUCAGCCUUAAUAUCUUCUGAACUGUUUUUGUUGUACAUAAGUUGAAAAAAAAAGAGAGUUAAUAUUUGUUCAAUCAACACUUUGCCAUGUUUGAACUUGUACAAAGUUAUUUAAUAAAAUUGUUCUAUCUACA